AGCCUUCCUCGAUGCCGUAGCUCAGAAAACAAUUACAAAACCAGAAUGACAGCUGGUUUAAUGGAACAACUCUUGAGAUUAUCGUGUUUAUAGCAUGCGCGCUUUGCUCACAGUAAUAAACACAUUAUCUACACCUUUAUUUUGCUUGCAGCUAGUAGCUACAAGCUUUGAACACCACUACAUUUUUACUUGACAGCCAGCUAGCUGCAGCCCUACAACUGCCUGUCAAGUAGACCAACUGCGUCUUUCAGUAGUUUCUUUCUUGCUCUCGAGUUUGAUUCAGUCAAAGGGCUAUGACAUUCGUGAUCAGAUCAACCCUCAUGAAAAACAGGAGUCUAUGGCUUCCAGGUCUCUGUGCUGUAAGGGCCAUAUCCUCUCCUGGGGGCCCCACUCCUCCUUUUACCACCCUGUCUGUCAGUCAACCUGCCACAGCUGUCACUCACAUAGAGCUGCACCGGCCAGAGAAACGCAAUGCCAUGAACAAAGCCUUCUGGAGAGAAAUGGUGGAGUGUUUUACACAGAUCGCUGAGGACCCAGAUUGCCGGGUUGUUGUUGUCUCUGGUGCAGGAGAAGUCUUUACAGCUGGCAUUGACUUGAUGGACAUGGCCAGUGAAGUCCUGCAGCCUGAGGGGGACGACAUGGCCAGGACUUCCUGGAACAUGCGACGCAUCAUCGCCAAGUACCAGGAAACCUUCAACGUCAUUGAAAGGUGUCCAAAGCCUGUGGUUGUGGCAGUGCAGGGAGCUUGUGUUGGAGGAGGAGUGGAUCUGAUCACAGCCUGUGAUAUCCGUCUCUGCACUCAGGAUGCCUGGUUUCAGGUGAAGGAAGUGGAUAUUGGCCUAGCAGCUGAUGUUGGAACUCUGCAGCGCCUACCUAAAGUUAUUGGGAGCCGCAGCCUGGUAAAUGAGUUGGCUCUGACAGCGAGGAAGAUGUAUGCCGAUGAGGCCAAGGAAAGUGGAUUAGUCAGCCGCGUAUUUCCGGACAAGGAGGCGAUGAUGGUUGGAGCUCUGGAGAUGGCAGGGGAGAUAGCAGGCCGCAGCCCUGUGGCUGUCCAGGGAACCAAGGUCAACCUGAUCUACUCCAGAGACCACAGUGUGGCGGAGGGCCUGAACUACAUGGCAACGUGGAACAUGAGCAUGCUGCAGACGGAGGAUGUCAUGAAGUCAGCUGCGGCCUCCAUGGAGAAGAAGAGUCCUAAAUCAAUAACUUUCUCCAAGCUUUGAAGCUGAGGGGCAGAAAGAGGCUGGAGUGCAGCUUUUCUUAGCCAAAGGAAAGUGAGGGGAAGAGGGGGAAUGGAUGGAGGGGCGGUGUAGAAAGAACAAUUAAAGGGAUUCCUUUAUCUACCUACCCAGAGUCAGAUGAACUAGUGGAUACAAUUUGUAUGUCUCUGCGUCCAGUAUUAAGGAAGUUAAAGGUAGUUUUGGGCGUUAGCGCUAGCUUACAUUAACAUUAGUGCUAGCUUAGCGCAAAGACUGGAAGUCUUUGCUGUACCCGAACACUUCCAGUCUUUGCGCACUAUCAUGCUAGCUGUACCCGAAGACUUCCAGUCUUUGCGCUAAGCUAGUUAGCGUUGGUGCGCAAAACUACCUCGUAACUUCCUUCAUACUGCAGAGCCAUGCAAAUGGUAUCCACGAGUUCAUCUGACUCUGGGUAGGUAGAUAAAGGGAGUCAUUGCCAAAAUUCCCAAAUAUCCAUUUAAGCUAAUAUAAAAAUGACCUCUUUCGCCUCCUGACUCCAGCAGAUGCAUAUGUUUGUGUGUUGGUGCCUGUUUGUCUGAAUCACCCAAAGCAGAGCUGCCUGUAAAGAGUUAGUGGCCUCUCUCUUUCUACCAACCAGCCUCACACUUUUGUAAAUGUAUAUAAAUGAUUGCAUCAUAAAAACUUUUUUUUAAAUAUAAGAUUAACUGAGCCAAAGUGCCCUGUUUCAA